CAGCUUCUAGUCGACUCGGCACAUUGACCUGUCACAAUGCAGGAGACAACUAGGGAAAUAUCACUGGGAUGGAGUAUGUUCAUUUGGCUACAGAAGAAAGAAAAGUUAUCAUAAUUUCAUAACUGUUUAAUUUCCAAAGACCGGAAAAGGAUUCAUACUCGACGUGUUUACGUUUAGAUUUUAAUUUGGGAUCUAGGAUGGCAAUUCCAUGGAGAAGCCGGUAACAUGUAUUAUGUGAGUUGUUUCCUAUUGAUAGCAUACUGAGACCAAAGCUACCUCCAUAAUCACAUAAAGGGAUCAAACCCGACUGAACCUUUAUACCAGAACAUAGUUGUUAUAUUUGAAUGUCACCAAUUACGCAUCGGUGUUCCGUUUGAAGGGAUAUGGAUCAUUUCGCCGCUGAGUGCCUUGUGUCUAUGUCCAGUCGGGCUGUCGUUCACCCUAAAGAGAACAGAGAGUUCAAAACAGAACCAGCCUGCUAUCCAAGGAACGAUGGAGAAGACAUGGUCAAAGACAACUCCUCUCUUUUCGUGGUGGCGAGGAUUCUAGCGGAUUUUAACCAGCAGGCACCCACGACCACUAGCGAUAUUGCCGAGCAGGCAAAAAUAGCAGAAGGGUGCGUAUCGCCAGCUCCAGUCACAGAGGAUGGGAAUACUGCCACACCUAUCCUCGUCAGCCCCGCCGCCGACCUCACACAAAGAGGCAGUAAACGUGUCAGAGGUCGAUCCGAACCGGAAUCGCCUCAGAAAAAGCACAAAUGUCAUUAUUCAGGUUGUGAAAAAGUUUACGGGAAGUCGUCCCACCUCAAAGCGCACCUAAGGACACACACAGGAGAGCGUCCCUUCCCCUGCACCUGGACUGACUGCAACAAGAAGUUUGCCCGUUCGGAUGAGCUGGCCCGUCACUACCGAACCCACACCGGGGAGAAGAAGUUCAGCUGCCCGCUCUGCGACAAGCGCUUCAUGCGUAGCGACCACCUGAUGAAGCACGCUCGCCGCCACUCCGAGUUCCAGCCCGCGAUGUUGAAGCGGCCGUACGGGUGUGGUGGAGGAAUGGGCGGAGGAAUGGGGGGAGUAAUGGGCGGAGGGAUGGGCGGAGGGAUAGGCGGAGGAAUGGGUGUGGUCGGGAGUACUACACGCCCCGGAUCCCUCAGCGACUACAACAGCCGCUCCGACUCGUCCAGCCCCACCCUAAGCCCAAGCCCCACCCUCAGCCCAGCUAACUCGCCUUAAAGCCCCGCCAAACAGCACUUUCAGGCUCUGCCUCCAACGCCCUGAUUGACCCACCCACCCACUAGACAAGACACACACCCACAGACAGGACAGGACUCUUUCAGUCUGUUUUAGGCCUUUUCCACCACAGGGUUUGGGGUUUCUACAUCGGUGCCCUGUGGAAUGUCACAGCCCACAACAGCAUUGCAAUGGAAAUAGGCUAUUUUAAACUUUUUUUUUUUUUUUUUAAUCAUGAUGGUGGUGUUAGACUGGAUCCUCUAGAGGAUCACGCUGGAGUCUUUUUACCACGACAGGUGGUGGUAGAAGGAAUCCUUUCAAAGAACUUGAUGCCUCGUCCCUUGUUCUAACGUCUCACCCUAAAAUGGACUUCAAUGGGACUACGCCACAACCCCAGCAGCUACUCUGAUUCGUUAUUUUGUUCAGUAGGGUUCCUCUGAUUGGCUAUGGUCCUAAUUGGGACCUCCCCGCCCCUCCUCCUUUCCAAUGCUUUGUCUGCUUGCUGUAUUGUACUGUCUUCUACAUCAUGUACUAUACUGCCUAUUGGAGAUCAAUCCUUUCAACAGCAAAGACAACAACAUAACAGAAUGCCUUUCUGAUUACAAUAUUUCCAUAGUAUACAAAUGUACCGUGUUGGCAUUGUCUCUUUGAGAAGUCUCAUUGUCCACAUUGUUUAAUAUUGUUUCAUUUUGGUUGUGAUACUUAAAGUUAGCAGAAUCAGCCAAGAAAGAACACAGAACGAGAUAUUCCAUAUUGUAAAUACUACAUUUAUUUGAAAUUGACGAAAGGAGAGAUUUCCAUCUUCAUCCUCAGGAUUAUAAAAAACACACAGUUUCAUUUAUUUUCUUUUUUUUUUAAAAACUUGACUGCACAAAUAGAAAACAUCACUUUAUUCUGAAAUUCAAUGCAGGUUGAAUCUUCUGCCCUGCUCAGGGAAGGCCUCUUUUGAAAGAAUGGACACAAUGAAGACACGCAGAGACACACACACACACACACACACAC